AUGACAACAAUCUUCCGCCCCGGCGCCUUCGCCUUGAUCUCGGGCUCCGCCUCUGGCGUAGGCUUCGCGUUCGCCCAACACUGCCGACGACAAGGCAUGCACCUAGCCCUCAUCGACAGAAAUGGCGCAUGUCUCCAACAAGCCUCUUCUGCCCUGCAAUCCCUGGCCCCGGACUCCAAGGCUCAAACAUACACAUAUGAAAUGGACGUCUCAGAUCUUUCCGCCUGGUACCACCUCCGCGACGACGUCGGUUCCAGGUUCUCCACCGGCAUCGACUUCCUCCUCCUCAACGCCGGCAUGUCGAUCCGCACGACUACACCGUGGGAAGACGCCGCGUAUUUCCACACGACGCUGGCCACGAACUUUUUGGGCGUCGUCAACGGCCUGACAACGCUACUCCCUCUGGUACGGCAAUCCGCGGGCCCUUCGGCCGUCGUGCUCACCGGCAGCAAACAAGGAAUUACCAACCCGCCCGGCAACCCGGCGUACAACGCGAGUAAAUCCGCGGUCAAAACCGUGGCGGAACAACUAGCGCACGACUUGCGCACGAGUAGUUCGUCGGUGCACGCGCCCCAGGUCUCUGUCCACCUGCUCGUGCCGGGCUGGACGUUCACGGGGCUCAGCGGCAACGUUGGGCCAGUGCCGGAUGAGGAGGCGUUGGCGAAGAAACCACGCGGGGCGUGGUUGCCGAGCCAAGUUGCCACGUACGGCGUGCAGAAGAUUAAUGAGGGGAAAUUCUAUAUUAUUUGCCCGGAUACGGAUGUGGAUGAGGCGCUGGAUAAUGCGAGGAUGACGUGGGCGAUGGGCGAUAUUACAGAGGGGAGGAACGCGUUGAGUCGGUGGGAUGAGAAGUCCAAGGAUGAGGCGGCGGAGUGGAUAAAGAAGGACGCGGAAAGGAGGAGGCAGUAG